CAUGAAGUCACACACCUACUUUCUUCUGAAAUUCUACUUUCUAUAUUUCUUAAAACGUGUCUAAAAAAUAAAAAAAGAAAACGGUGUCAUUCUUGUUACGCUACAUCCACACACAAGCAAUAAAAUGCAACCAUUGGACAAAUCAGUUUUUGGACCAUUAAAAACAUAUUUCAAUCAGGCCACUAACGAAAAGCUAAUGACGCCUGGACACAUAGGAAAACCUUUGACAAUUUAUGACAUUGCUGACUUGGUUGGAAAAGCAUUUCCACCUGCGUUUAUACCAAUGAACAUUGCGAAUGGUUUCAAGGCUACAGGAUUUCAUCCACUGAAUGAGAAUAUAUUCUCAGAUGCUGACUUUCUGGCAGCAAACUUUUCAGAUCGUCCUCUAUCCCAAGAAAUUUCCACACAGCCUGAUCGUCUUUUGCCUGAAGAAUCAUCUGCACAGGCUGACAAAUCACUGCUCCAAGAACCUCCAGUCAAAGUUGGUCAUCUUUGGCCCCCAGAAUCUUGUGCACAGACUGGUAAUCAGUUGACUCCAGAAUUGGUCCAAGAGUCCUCUGAUCAACCUGAAAUGUCCUUACUCAACAUUUCUGACAUACCUCAUAAAUUUGGACCAAGUUCUUCAAAACUUAUCACCACUGAAAUAAUUCGCCAACACCCAAAAGCAGCACCUCGAAAAGGAACACAUAAAGGUAGACCAAAAGGUAAAUCUAGAAUUCUAACGGAUACACCAGAGAAAAAUGCGAUUGAGGCUUUAAAAACAGUUAAAAAAGUAGCUCUUAAAGAUGAUCGUAA